CUAGCGAAAACUGGAGGAACGGGUUAUCCCGUGCAAAACGCGAAGUGAUGGCCGACAAAGAUAAAUGUUUUAGCGUGAAUGCAAUAAUUGUUCUGCUGGUUGCUCACUUUUGUGCUUCAGUAGCCAGCACGGGAUUGAGGAAUCUCUCAUUGUCCAUCAAACCACCGUGGGUGAGACGUGGUCAGGAGGCACAGCUACACUGUCAGUAUGAGAUGGAAGGCACACCGCUCUACUCCGUCAAAUGGUACCGAGGCACGCUGGAGUUCUACCGAUAUUCACCGUUCGAAAAUCCACCAGCAAAAAUCUUUCCAUUUACUGGUAUUAAAGUAGAUAUGACCGUAUCGAAUGCAACACACGUAACGUUACGAAAUGUGGGGUUUAAUUUAUCGGGUAAUUUCACAUGCGAAGUUACAGCGGAUGCACCUUCCUUCUACACGGGCGUUGCAACAAAUGUGUUAACGGUAGUAGAACUACCUCAUUCUCCACCAACCCUAUGGACGGAACACACCAAAUACGAUCCGGGCGAUAUUCUACGAGCUAACUGUUCUACACCACCGUCGAAGCCUGGGGCCACGAUAACGUUUCUACUGAACAGUAUGACGGUCGGGACAGAAUCGACAGUGCUGCAUCCUACGCACGACAAUCUUCACUGGGCAUCGCGGGAUCUUACAAUCCAGCUACUGCCUUCCCAUUACUCAACGGGGCAGCUAAUAUUGCGAUGCUUGGCUGAAGUUGGCACUAUUUACUCGGAGGUAUCGCAAGCACCGCUGGAAUCUAGCCGCAAGGAACCCAUUCCAGAGCGAGUUACAUCCCCCAACUGUGCCGCCACACUGACAAGAUGCAGAAAAUCUCACCGGCAACAUCUUUGGGUUACCACUAUAGCAAUGUUUGUGAUAUUGGCUGUAAUACACUCCUACCGGCCGAGCUCGCUGCUCCGAUAGCUUUCACCGAUUUCACCAUUGUACUACAACAGAGUCCAGUCAGCAACAUCAUGAGCGAAUGUGUCAGAGUGAAGAAUUAAACUGGUAGCGAAUGAGAGGAUAAGGAUCUAAAAAUGUCCGCCGGGAACGCUUAACAUGUGUAGCAUUUUCUGGCCAGUUUGCAUACCCUGCAAGCGUUCAAAUCUGUAGAUUGCGUACACGAAGUAACCAACUUGACAGAUCGCUCGCACUCGGCCAUAAACGGGGUAUAAUCGUUGAACCACCAUGAGAUGCAUCGUACUCAUUGUAGGGAUUGAACGUGUAGAGUCAACUUUAUCCCGGUAACAUAAGUAAGUGUAUCUCGACACAUACUUCUCCUAACGGAUGCUAGAAAGCAGCUGGCCAAAACAGUGGCAGGAGAAAGCAAUCGUUGAAAUAACUGACAUAAAACAAAGAAAUGGUCGUCUUGCAAUGUAGUGCAGAAACCGUAAAAUAGUGUGAAUGUAAAUGUUGUGCAGGCAGAAGAAAUAGAAUUUAAACAGAAUGCUGCAAACUGAUGUUAAAAAAUAACGUCAAAUAGAAGCAGCCGGCCGCAAGUGUAACUAUGUUGACUGAAUAACACGUGUGAAUUGUUUUUAUGGUCAGAGGAAAACAUUGAUGGGUAGAAAAUUAAUUAACAAAAAUCUAGCAAAACUAACAGUGGAAACAGUGGAAAGCAGGAUUGUUGACAGGUAAAUUGAUGCUAGCAUUACGAUAACCUUUCGUACGACAUUUACAAAGCAACCGCAGUAGCAGCAGCAGUAGCAACAGUAUCGGAGUCAAUGGGUACUAAUAGACGUGUCAACAGGCAGCCAAAACAAAACAUAACUACCGGUAUGCAUGGAGGACUUACUUGUUGUUAGAAAUAUUAUUUUAAACAACGAUAGGACGCAAUUUUUACACCCAACAAUGGUAAAUACGAGGUGCGACAGCAGUUGUGAAUGAUGUAAUAGGCGCCUGCAAUCUGUUGUGAUUUUUUUUGCAAAUUCUUAAUGAAAACCCACGUGUAGUGAAGCAAAACUGUAAGCCGAGUGAGAAAAAUUGUUACAAAACGUAAGCAAACUGGGAGUGGUCGUAUUGCUGAUGUGAAGGAGAUUCCUUCUUGAUCCAUAACGAAACACGUAUCCAACGUAUCCCCUUACCGCCCGAAUGUGAAACGAUUCGCUCGCACCUCAAACGAAGCUCUUUUUCCAGUUCGCAUAACAAAAACAAAAACUUGUAUAAUUAGAUUACGAACGUGUGCACCGAACGCUGGUACAUGAGUACACAAGUAGUGCGGUACACAGAAGGUAAAAAAAACUUCAUUAAAACAAAACAUUGACGUAGGGUAAUGUUGCGAGUAAGCUGAGCCCAAUAGCAGGAGCUAAACAAACUUGAAAAUAAAAAAAAAUACAGUUUUUUUUUUGGGCUACGGGCAAUCGGUUUUUAAGCGCUACUGUUACACGUGCAGGCGCGCAUGGAAGGCUAGGUCCAGGGGAAUUAGGGAAACUUGUGGUUGAAUAAAGAUGGUGUAAGGAACGAUGUACACUCUUAAGCUACACACAAGCUAGAAUGGGCACGUACGUAUUGAUAAGCCGUCUUACACUUACCACCUCACCACACGCACAUGCAAGUCAACGUUGAAAAACUAUCGUUCAUAGGUGACACACACCACAUCAAGGCAAACGCAAGGAUAAUAGCCACUGCACGAAGGUAAUUAAGAAGCAAAGAAAGCCGAGACAUUGUCAGUUGCUGUUAAGCGCUGCUAAACGAUAUCAAUGAGGCGAAGAAGGAUGGCAAUGGGAAAGAAACCGUACAGCAAUACUCUUCUCCGGAACGGUCGGAAACCGUUCAUCGUACGUCACUUAAUUAUCAACGCACGAGUGACACAUGGCAAUCGUUCAGCUAGAUUCAGAGGUUAGCAUCAGCAAUACCAGACAAAGGAUGUCUUCUCAGUAAAUCGGAAAAGGAGCAUGGACAGCUGAAACCUUUCUCUGCAGCAGUAGUCUGAGACAUUGGGCAAGAAUACUAAGAAAUGUAAGGAAAUUUGAUGCAAUUGAUUGUUUAAGCUGAGUCAAUGGACAUUUUCAUAGUCUUCAAUGCAAUAUUUCCAACAUGUAGUGCUAUACUUAUAGUUAAAACACAUUUUAUUACUGUUUAUAUUGAAAUUAACAUCUCAUUUGUAUCGUUACUGGACUCUGAAGAGGUCGUAUAAAACAAUUUAUAUUCAAAACUCCAAAUACAUUUCAUUAUUACUUACAUUUAUAAGUAUACGGACGUUGCUGUACGUAGCCCUUUUCCUGUUUUUUUUUUUUAUUUUCAUUCUAAUUGAGUCGCUUCAAGGGUAGACGCGUUAGCGUCUUGCAAAGGCCGGACAUGGUUUGAUUGGCAACGUUACCCUCAGCAGUUUAGGCUGACUAAUCAGCUUCGUGGUCAACAUAAGUCCAGAAAGCCUAUAUAAGAUCGGCAUGACAGCGUUUGAUAAUCACGUCAAGUAUAAUAUGUAAAUAAUUUUCAACGGUUGAUAAAACUAUACAGUUCUUUUUCUAUUUUUAUUUCAUUUCAUUACUUCAUUUAUUUCUAUUUUUCAUACUGAUUUUAAUAAAGAUUCAUCGUUUUAAGUGUUGGAAUGUAACGACGAUAAGUAGCAGUUAGAUUGAUUAAUUUUUAUUUUGGGGACAAAAUGUAAGGUUAUAUCUUGUUCUGUUUUAUUUAUUUCAAUAUUCAAUAUUA